CUAAAUUUUCCUGGUAUCAGUAAUCUCUAUGGCAGCAGAGUUCAAAGUACUAAAUGCUGCUCAGCCCCGGGAACGAUCGGUAGCUUUCCCAAUUUUGGGAUUAGGGUGAAAGGUGACCUCAACUCGUGUAGAAGCAAAACCACUUAAGCGUCACUUCUUAGUCCAAAUCCUCUAGAAUACAUACCGCUAUCGACCCCUAGCCCACCCCAAAAGGACAGUUUUGUGGCAGUCUUGGGACUUUUCUGCCACUUUCUACAUCUUUGCGGCGGGAUUCCCCAGGAUCCAGCCUUCACAAAGCCAACUUCAGACCCAUCACUAUCCCAGGAUUCCCGACUCCCGGUUUCCUGCCCCUCUCCCCUCCCCGCUGCCGGCACCCGCGGGAGUGGCAAGAUGGCGGACAGGGACUACUUGGGUGAAGUCGCGACUGCAGCAGCAUUUUCUUCUACACCUGCUCGCGGCCUGAGCCCUCCGCUGGGCUGGAAGGAGCGCCUGCGGGCCGGGAUGGCAGGGGCUGGGGCCUCAUUGUGGUUCGUGGCGGGGCUGGGGCUGCUUUACGCUCUGAGGGUCCCGCUGAGGCUAUGUGAGCAUUUGGCAGCGGUGACAGGAUUUUUAAAUUCACUGACACCCAAAUUUUAUGUGGCACUUACAGGGACAUCUUCUUUGAUAUCAGGACUGAUAUUUAUAUUUGAGUGGUGGUACUUCCAUAAGCAUGGUACAUCAUUUAUUGAGCAAGUAUCUAUAAACCAUUUGCGACCACUGAUGGGAGGAACAGAAAGCAGCAUCGCAGAGCCAGGUUCUCCCAGCAACAGAGAAAAUGAAACCAGCAGACAGAAUGUGUCAGAAUGCAAAGUGUGGCGAAACCCUUUAAACCUUUUCAGAGGAGCAGAAUAUAGGAGAUACACUUGGGUAACUGGUAAAGAGCCACUUACAUACUAUGACAUGAACUUGUCAGCACAGGACCAUCAGACAUUUUUCACCUGUGAUACAGACUUUUUACGUCCUUCAGACACAGUUAUGCAGAAGGCAUGGAGGGAAAGAAAUCCUCCAGCUCGAAUCAAAGCAGCCUAUCAAGCUUUAGAAUUAAACAAUGACUGUGCCACUGCGUAUGUUCUACUGGCUGAAGAAGAAGCAACAACUAUUGUAGAUGCUGAGAGGUUAUUUAAACAGGCGCUCAAGGCAGGAGAAACAAUUUAUAAGCGGUCACAGCAGUGCCAGCACCAAAGUCCUCAGCAUGAAGCUCAACUGAGGAGAGAUACCAAUGUACUAGUAUAUAUUAAAAGAAGAUUGGCAAUGUGUGCAAGAAAAUUAGGAAGAAUAAGAGAAGCAGUGAAAAUUAUGAGAGAUUUGAUGAAAGAAUUUCCUCCUCUUACCAUGUUGAAUAUCCAUGAAAAUCUGUUAGAAUCACUGUUAGAAUUACAGGCCUAUGCGGAUGUUCAGGCAGUCCUAGCAAAAUAUGAUGAUAUAAGCCUUCCAAAGUCAGCAGCAAUCUGUUACACAGCAGCACUGUUGAAAACAAGGACUGUUUCAGAUAAAUUCUCUCCAGAAACAGCCUCAAGAAGAGGGCUAAGCACAGCAGAAAUUAGUGCUGUGGAAGCAAUCCAUAGAGCCGUGGAAUUUAACCCUCAUGUUCCAAAAUAUUUACUAGAAAUGAAAAGUUUGAUUUUACCACCAGAACACAUUCUGAAACGCGGAGAUAGUGAAGCAGUUGCCUAUGCUUUCUUUCAUCUUCAGCACUGGAAACGAAUAGAAGGUGCUCUUAACCUGUUGCAGUGUACAUGGGAAGGCACUUUUAGAAUGAUUCCUUAUCCAUUAGAGAAAGGACAUCUAUUUUACCCUUAUCCCAGCUGCACAGAAGCUGCUGAUAGAGAGCUGUUACCCACCUUUCAUCAUGUUUCUGUAUAUCCAAAGAAGGAACUUCCUUUUUUCAUCCAUUUUACAGCAGGACUAUGUUCUUCUACAGCAAUGAUAGCUCUUCUCACACACCAAUUUCCUGAAAUCAUGGGUGUUUUUGCUAAAGCUAACAUCUCAGUAGUUCCACUCAUCCAAAUGGAGAAGGGGCAGAAUCACAGAAUGCUUAUGGGUAGAGACAUUGGAGCAGCUUUGCUUUAAAUUCCAUCCCUGACACUUACUGGUUGUGCAGCUUCAGGUAAGUUAUUUCAUUAUCUCUACCCUUAAUUAUAAAACAAGAAUAGUACUACUGCUGCAUAGGUUUGGGUGAAGGUUAAAUGAGUUGAAAUUUAUCAAGUAUUGCUGGGGAUUUAGCUCAGUGGCACAAGCACCUGCCUGGCAACAAGUAUGAGGUCAUAAGUUCGAUCCCCAGUACAAAAAAAAAUCAAGCAUUUAGAACUAUGUCUACCCAUAAUAUGAAGUAGCUAUUAGCUGUUCUUCCUUCGCCUUGUCAUCCUUUAUCACUAAAGUGCAGCUAUUAAGGAGUUCAAUCCUAACAGUAAGCUCAGAAUGCCUUCCUAUAAAAAUUGAAACAUAAAUGAGUGUCAUUUAAAUGAUCCUAUUAGCAUCAUACUAUUAAUACUAUACAUUUGGUACAAUACAUAUAUGUUAAACACAAAAAGAAAAAACUGUUUCAAGUUCCUGCCACGGGCAACUCUAUUGAUGUUGCAAGCUCCCUAUAUUAGGAUUUUCAAUUAAAUCAGAUAUCUGAUGACCAACUAAAGUAAGAUGAAGUGUAGUUGAAACAUACUUGUUCUUCUAUUUAGUAAGGCAAAAUCAUUUAAGAAAAUUUCCUAAAUUUUUUCACGUUACUUUUGUCUCUUCCUUAUCUAAUGUCUUUUUGGUGUUUUUCUUGUUUGUUUUUUAUAUGUUGAGACAUGGUCUCAUUAUGUUCAGGCUGGCUUAAAACUCAUUGUGAUACUCUUGAUUGAGCCUCCUAAUGCUGGGAUUCCAGGCAUUGUCACCACAUCUAGUCUAAUAUCUCUUUAUAUGAGUUUACAUGGUGAAACAAAUUCAGUUUGAAUUUCUCAAAAGGUAUUUAUUAUAAAAACUGUUUUUUUUAUGAUACCAGGCACUGAAGAUUAAUAAUUUUUAAUAGUUCUCACUGUAAUUAGAUUUAGAUAAAUGGAAGGGAAUAAACUAGAAUGAUUAAUGAUUGUAAUGCUUCUUCCUUUGCAUAGGAUAAGGAUAUAGGGAAUAAAAUUUCAUAUUUACCAAAUUAGGGUUUUUUAAUCUGAUUUUUCUCCUGACUGAGAUGAAAAUCUGGUUUGACAUUAGACAUAGAGCAAUGAAAAGUUGCCUAAAUCCCUAGAGAUGUGGAAUGUGCUGAUAUCAGAGCUGAUACUCUCCAAGUCCAGAAUUCCUAAAAAAGAAAAAAUUGCUUCUAAGUGGUAGGUUAUUUUCUCACCUGCUUUGAAGCCUGCUGGGUUAAAUAUGAGAGUUCAAAGUAAGGGUAGCCAGCGAACCAACUGAACUGGAAUCUGAUUCUGCUUAUCUGAAAGGAGCUUCUUUAUUUAACAGCAGUUCUGCCCUCUCCUUAGAGAACCAAUCUUCAUCUACUCAGGCCCCUUUCAUUUCUCUCUUGCAGAGAAAGCUUUCUUUUAAGUAAGGCUUGGAAGGGUGUUAUCACAAAAGUGAAGACUUAAAGAUGGUCUUUGGGGAUUUCACUAACUUACUGAUGAGUUCAGACCUGAGGCAUGUGACUUUAGUGCUUUGAUUUGAGAGGUGUGUUUGAAUGUAAAAGUCCCAACUUAGAUUUUAACUAAAUAGGGCAGUCUUUGCCCUCUUGGCAGAAAAAAACAAAAACAUUUGGGUAAAGUCAAGAAUAAAAAAGAUUUCCAAAUAAACUAUCUAUUUUACUAAAGCAAAACUUUGCUGAGUUUCACUAAACUCAUAUUGUAGCUGUGCUGGGUGGGAAUGGGCCUUGCUUCCACAUAUUUCUACUAAUCUUUAUGUGGGAAAAUGUGGUUGGACAUGCCAGUGAUGAAUUUCUGAGCAACUCAUAAUUGGCUGGCUUCACUGUAACUAGGGCCUUACAAUCUGCUUGAUUAAUUCUUUAAGGACUACAUUAGCCAAGUUGCAUGAUUUCCAAAGAUAUAGAAGGUCAGAUGUUAUACUAACAAAGGACCUCUCCACAGAAUGUCUCACUGGGGUUUCUUCAGGCCCUUCAUAAAAAUAAUUAAAAUUUUUCUCCACAAAUUACAUUUUAAAAUAAGCAAAUAUGAAUGCCAAGUGUCUUUUAUUGAAUACUAAGCACAACUUUUGGAAAGGUUAAUCCAUUAUUCUCAUUAUUUUUUCCAGGGCAAAGAUCACCUUAAGAACUAGGAGAGUUGAUAGACAAUUAUAACUAUACGUUGAUAUAUAAUGGUAGAAAUGUAUAUGAUUUUUAAAGGUUUUUAGCUUUUCACUGUAACAAUAUGAAAAUUGUUCAUAGGAGAAUUUUUUUUUAAAUUUUUAUCUGAUUUCAUUAAUGCUAAAAACCUGUGAUAUUUGCAUACUUCUCUACCUAAUAUGGAAGGCCACAUUUAGAAAUUAAAUUGACAAAGGAAAUUUCUUUGCUUUGAAAAUGGAUUCAUUUUGAGUUCAUAAGGACUAGUACGUUUUUUAAACAUUUUGAAUUGUAACAAAGCUUAUAUCCCUCUGAAGUACAUGCUGUUCUCUUCUCUACUAUUUCCACAGUAAUAUAUUGGAGGUGUUUCCCAGAGACUAUAAAGAUAAUCAAAUGAGCCUGUUGUGAGACAGGUCAACAAUUUUGAAUGUUUACAUUUUUGUUCCAUCAUUAGUGUCUCUAAAAUCUCUGUUUUGGCAGUCUGGCAUAUGCAAUUUUUAUUUUAUUAAGUUGUAUAUUUGUAGCAAGAGGAAAGAUUUUCUCUACUUCUAGUAAGAGGAUUCUCAUCCCUCAUCCUCAUUGUUUCUCUUCAAAAGAAAAAAAUCCAGACUCAGAGAUUUGUGAAAUUGCUAAUACUCUUUAUUCAAAUGUUUUUAAAGUACUGAACUCUCCUUUUCAAAGAAGGAGAAAAAAGAAUAAAAGUUAGGUAAUGUGCUUUUUAAUGCAUAUAUGUACCCUUUCCUCAGAGUUUAAGUGAAGUUUGUGGAAAGCAUGCUUUCUUUCUAUUAACAUAUGUUUGUGAACUAUGAAGUUCAUAAAAGUUCUCCCUGAAUUUGUUUGGCAGCAGUAUAUUUAAUAGUUUUUCUCCCUCAAACUGUUAAGUCUCCAUUUCAAAGUUUAUGAUAUCCUGUCACUAACUGCUACUAAUAUAUUUAUAGCUAAAUCAUUAGUACUUAGGGCACAAGGGCUAUUUAGCAAUUUUUAAAAGAGUUAUGCUUAGAUAUUAAUGAAAAUCAUUCAUUCUAAACCCAUUAUACUGUUACUAAUAGAAUUUACGCUAGAAAAUCUACUGAUCUUUGUUUUAGAAAAUACAUUUGUCUAAAUAAAAAUCAUAGUUCUCUGAAUAAAACAAAUAAAAAGGUACAAAAGAAACUUAAAAUCUUGAAGAAUAGCUUUUCUUUUUAACAUUUAAUAUCUACCCUUCUCUAACCAGUUAAAUUUCUUUCUUUCUGUUUCCUUCUUUUGUUUUGUUUUUUUAGACAGUCUUACUGUGUAAAUCAGGUUGGCCAUGAACUCGCUAUGUAGUCCAGGCUGGCCUUAAAUUUGUUGUAAUCUUCCUGCCUCAGCCUCCCAGAGUGCUGAGGAUACAGCCAUAUGCUUCCAUGCCUGGCUUCAUAUGUCUAAUGCUCAAAAGAACUAUAAAUUAGAAUUCUAGUAUAAAUUAAGAGUAACUUGAACUUUAAUUAGUUCUUUCAUUUUCUUUUUAAGAGCCUAUACUUGUAUUAUUUGAUCUUACUGAACAAGAGAUUAUAAUCUUCCUGUGUUAUAGAUGGAAAGUUUGAAUCAUCAAAGCUAAGUUAAAUGCCUAAAAUUUCAUAAUAGAUAAGAUAGUCUGUUAAUUUUAGUCAUAAUAGAUAUACUUUUUCAAUAAACACAAUUUACAUCAAAGCAAGUAAAGAAUAAAUUUCAAGCUAGAUACAGUAAUGCUGUGGGGAUAUAUAAUAACUGAAUAGUAAUAGUCAAGUGGCUUUGCUAUAGUAUUGUUCUCCUGUAAGGAUUGAAUUUGGGCCAGUUAUGGUGACACAUGCCUGUAAUCCCAGUUCUCUGAGAAGCUGAGUCAAGAGGAAUACAGGUUUAAGCCCUUUCUGAGCAAACUAGUGGCUUGGUGAGACCCUAGCUCAAAAAUUUAAAAAAAGGUUUGGGGAUGUAGCUCAGUAUGAAAACCCUAGGUUCAGUCCCCAGUAAACUACCCCCAAAGUUGAAUUUGGAGAAGAGUUUUAAAUGGAAAAGCUAAUGUGGAUUGCUAGCAAAAUCAAAAGAGUAUUUAGGUUGUACAUAUCCUUACUGCAAAGGCAAAGAUUUUAGCAGACAAAUACUGCCCAAGGAACUCUUCACAGUAUCUGUGUCUAUUGGAUGAAUUCUAAUAUAAAGAGUGCAUAUUUGCUUUUCAUUCUUUUAAACUGUAUCACUCCAGUUACAUUGCUCUUCUCAUUAAUUAGCCAUGUAAGAAAGAAUGCUGUUUGGUCAUUUAUGUAACAUACUUAAAUAACUUCAACCUUUCUAAUGUCUGAUUUGUAUGGUGAUUCUAUAGAAAACAAGGGGCCUUGGUUUAGAACUAUUCAAAGGGAAUUUGAUUGAGUUUCUGAAGUAGUUUAAAACUGUCUUAAUGUAAAAUUAUAAGGGGCUAGGAAUUUAGCUCAAUGGCAUAAGCACCUGCCUGGCAAGCACGAGGUCGUGAGUUCAAUCCCCAGUUCAAAAAAAAAUAUAAAAGUAAUCUUGCCAGAUGUAGUGGUGCGUGUCUGUUAUCCCAGCUCUUGGGAGGUUAAUGCAGGAGCAUCGCCAUGAGUUUGAGGCCAGCCUGGGUUACUUAUGUUUCAACAUCAGUCAUCUGUCUGUCUGUCUGUCUCUGUCUCUGUCUCUGUCUCUGUCUCUGUCUCUCUCUCUCUCUCUCUCUCUCUCUCUCUCUAUAUAUAUAUAUAUAUAUAUAUAUAUAUAUAUAUAUAUAUAUAAAACGUUUCAACACCAGUCUUUCAAUAUCCAAUAUCCAAAAGUGUAAGAAGGAUUAUGGGGGAGAGUUUAGCUAAUAGAAUAAACUUUUGGUCUAAAAUAUCAUAAUUUGUUGGUAUUUUUUAAUUUUUACUAAAGGGAAGACUUUUGGUAGCAGUUAUACUUCUAGUAGUUGUGUCUAUAGGUAAGAAACUUUAAUGUGUUUUUUAAUGAUAGUGGGGUCUCAAUAAAAGAUUGGAUUUUAGUGGUAUUCUAGCUGAAUUUGCGAAGAACAUUCUCUUUCUAGUAACAUUCACAUUGCCUUAGGUCCACCUUGAUGGCAGCCAGCCUCAAGAAAAGAAGUUAUUUGGGCUUCAAGUAAUGCUCAAAAACAUUAAGAGAACAGAUAUUCAGAGAAUUCAUACCACAUAAGCGCCUUCUGACCUCAUCUUGUAAUUUCAAGCAUACAUGUAUGUACUAUUCAAAAGUAUAGAGAAAGGCUAUAUUCCUUCUCUUUUAGCAUACUUGUGGCUAAUAUGAGAGAGACAGAGACUGAGAAAGAGACGAUUUGGGAGAAAAUUUGAGAAGGAACAUAUUCUCACACUCUUUUAGGGACUUUCCACCUUUUGUUCUCAUCUAUUUAAUAUGCUGCAGUCCCAAUUUGUUUCUAAAACCAAAGUUCAAGUUUUUACUCCCAGGUAGCAACAGUUUUACAAUUAAAUUUUAAUCCCUCUGUGUUAGACUCCUAUCUAGAGUACAGCCACAGCUGUUCUUGGCAGGCAAACACAUUGCUGUUUUUCCUUCAGUCAUAGUGAGAUAGAAAAAUGUUCUCUGGCUGGGGCAUGGAUGAAAGCAUUUUACUAAUCUUCUACAUAAUUCAUCCCUGGUUGCUGGGGUAUUCAGAGUUGAAACUUUUCCCUCUGAUAAAAUUCAGCUGGAUUUUUUUUUUUUUUUUUUUUUUUUUACUUGAGUCUGAUCUCUUUGGGGGCUUAGUUCUUAGUGAGAGCCAGGGGAUUAUAAUUCAGCUAAGUCCUGCCUCUGAAGAUUUUUCUUAUUAUUUUGCUUUUAGUCUAUUUUAGCUUAUUGUAAUACCACUUUUAAAAUACACAACAAAACAAAAACUACUGGAACAUGCAGUUCAGAGAGUUGCUCAGUAUAGCUUAUUGAAUAGAAGGACUCUAAGAUAGUAGGCUUAUCUUACUUUGGUAUCCAAGUUUAGGUUUUAAAAAGCCUCAGCAUUUAAAAUUAUAUUAUUAUAUAACAUGCUGUAAUAUGUUAACAAUUGUAACACACUAUGCGUCUUUGAGUUUUAAACUCAUUGCAUUAAGGUAUUACUACUAAUGGACUUAUUUUUUUCAUUCUUUCAUUCAAUGAAUAAAUAUUUAUUUGGUACCUUUAUAAAAUAUAAAGUACAAUCCAUAUUUCAAGUAGCUUAUAGCCUAGAGAAUAGGGGUCUUCAGAAAGGCGUGUAAAUUACAAUAAAGUAUUACGAUAAAGUAAAGGCUAUUGCCACAAUAGAUUAGCUCAUCUUUUCAUAUUCAUGUAAUUGGAAGUGACUGAUGAGUUACUUCAAGUGCCUUUUCAUAAAGUAACCCAAAAAGUCAAUCUAGACUCACACCAGGCUGUUCCUUUCAGAAGAAUUUAUUUGGUUAGGGUUCUUUUAAGCCAAAUAAGAAAAUACAGAAGAAAACGUCUUUGUUUUGUUCUUUUUCAAAUAUAUAACAUGUAAGAAUUUCAUCUUUAUACUGAGCUGCCAAAGAUCAUGUUUUUGUAAACAGUAUGUUUAUUGGAAUAGUUUAAAAUUCAUCAAAAAAAAAACCAUGAAGAGCUCCUCAACUGAAAAUUUAUCCAAGAAAUAUCUGACCUCACAUUUACACAGUAACUGCCAUAAAACAAAAACCUCCGUGCUUGUACAUUUUCCUCUUUUGUAUCCUCUCAUUCAUAAUAAUGACAGAUUACUAGGUACUAAGGGCCAUUCUGAUUUUUAAAAUGAAAUAGUGUGAUGUCAUUGUGAAGAAGAAUGGAAUGGAAAGAGCUGGAACUAAAAUUGACUGGUUCUUUAUACGAGAGAAAGGAAGAGAGAAAAAGAAAAAGGGCCACUCUGAAUUUCCAAAAACUCACUUGUUAAUGUCAGAGUUGCAUCCCUGCAGUCACUGAUUCUGAAAACAGGAACACAUCAUGUUAAUUAAAAAGCUAAAAUAAAAGAAUACUGGUAUUAUUGGGAUAAGGCAUAGAGUAAGUUUUUGCCUACUCUUCUAAGCUGGAUUUUGUCCAUCAAUUCUACAUCUUAGCAAUUCUACUUCUUUAGAAGAGGAGCCACCUGGAUGGUUUUUUCCCAAGCAACUAAAAAUAUUUCAUAUCUUUACUGGGCUGUUCCAGUCAAGUAACAUAUACUAACUGGAUUAAGACCUUGGGUUAAGACCUUGGAAAACCUGUUUUAAAAAAGAACCUGUCCUUGAGAAUUUUAUACAAAUUAGACAUGUAAUCAAUGAAUAUGGAAAAAUGACUGAGGUAAAUGGAGUAGAAGAGUGGGCCAAAUGCUGUUCUAAAGCAUUGAUGGCAAGGGCUUUUAGAGCUUUCAAUGAUACAAACAACCCACUGUGCCAUGCUUGCUAUAGAUUUGCCACCAACCUUCUACAGCAUUGAAGAAUUUACUGAUUUAAAUCAAGGCUAUAGUUGAAAAAAAGGUGGAAUGAUUUAAACAAUGACUUGGAAGUAGAAGACUGAGGAUCAGGCUUUGAAAUUUACUGGUGAUCAUUAUUUCACUUGCAAUCCAUCUGAACUUCCAAACCUGGAAUAAGCAGAAACAAUUAUUCUUUGGACAGGUUAACAGAAGGCAGACCUCCACAAGGUGAUUAAGAUCAUGAUGACAUCUUUUAAUUCAGGAGUUUAAUUUGUAGGAUGUUGGUAAGAAGGCGCAUUCAUAUUUCUAGGUGGUAAUCCACUUUUAUACAUUCAAUUGUGUUUCUUUUUAUACUGGUGACUGUGUCCACUCACUAACCUUAGUUAUCUACAGACUUUAAACUUGAGCGCCUUGAGAAUAUGUGAGGAAGCAACCAUUUCCCAUAGAACUCCUUAAAGAUAAGAAACAUAGUUAUUUAGUCUUUUCUCUCUCUCUCUUGUUCACUUUUAUCUUUGAUAUGAUUACUAUUGAUAGGACAUCAGUAGUAAUCAUAUCUCUGGUUUUGCCUUAAAUUCCAUAUUGAAUUUUUUAAAUGGUUUUUUGAGCAAUAACUUUUUCCUGGUUGUUUAACCAGUCAUACAAGUUAAGACUUCAUUCUAGGCCUAUUUUAUAUUAGCUGCUCUGGGAGAACGGAUGAAAAAUAAUAAGUCAGUUAGACAUUUUAUGAAUAUUGAAAUCCCUUCCAUUCAGAAAUUAAAUAAAAUAACCAGCACGAGCAAUCAGCUUAUGUCAGAUUUCCAUGGGUUUAUGUUACAUAGGGAAAUUAUAGUGCAACCUGAAACAUUCAUAGUGGUGUCAUAGUUGAAUGUAAACCCUUGAGCUUUUCUUUUGUGAAAGGCUUCAGAAAUCACCUUUUAUAAACUACCAAGGGAAGGGGGAAAACUAAGAUGAUAAUAACAAAUGCUAUCCCUGUUAGUGGCUGCCGCCCUUUUAGCACCAAACAGUGCCAGUUAAGUAAAGCAUAAACCUAAGAUACUGCUUACUUUUCAGCUUAUUCAGUGCACACAAAAAAUAUAUACUCAAUGUCAUGCAGAGAAGUUUGUUAAAAAGUAUGAUGGAAGCCUGGGAAAUAGUUGUUUUUACCUCCAGCAAAUUCCAGAAACCAAAAAUGAAUUAGAGAUCAUGAAAUGAAAAUUUGUCUCCCAUCUUUGGCUGCCGCUCCAGUGCCCUAUACUAGAACUCUUUCCUCAUUUGUCAGUGAAAUGGUUUUGCUGUCUUUUGCAGUUCUUCUAUAUUCAGUAUGGCCUCAGAUACGAUAAAUUUGCGAGCCAAAAAAAUCUAAUAUAUCAAACAGAAUUUGGGGGGACCAGUUAAGUUUUAAAUUUGGGAAAGAGGAAAAAAUAUAUGUUUUAAUUUCUUAAUGUACAUUUAAAAAUGUGUUUCUGCAUUUUAAUUUCUUAAGAGUUUGGGUUUGAUUGAUAUCAUGUUCUGAGCCCAGAAACCUACAUUAAUUUAUUACAAUUUGGGCUAGGAUAUUUAAUAUUUCUACUUAGCCCAUAAUUUCAAAUAAUCAGGAUAUAUAUUUAGUAAUAUAUAGCAUUUUGUUGAUCUUUACAAUACAUCUCUUUUAGUCCCUGUAUCAAAUGAACUUAUCCUUGUGCUUUCUUAUAGGUUCCUUGGUGUUUACUAACAUAGAUCAAGAUCUUUGUGACUUUAUAAGGGACUCUAAACCAUUUGACACUCUAGGUACAUAAAUCACCACACAUUAUGUAAGCUUUGAUCUCAGCACUGUAAUUUCUCUGUAUUUUCCAAUGUCUACCAUGUGUAUUGUCUUGAAACUCAUUACAUAGUACUUGCAUAUUCUUGUUUCUAAGGUUUGGUGCAUACCAGUUCCUUACUUUAGAAUGCCUCCUGCCGAAUAUCCUCAACCAUCAACCACUUCAUGCUAAAGUCACCUCCUGGAGAAAGCCAUCUCUGAUUAAUCUUAUUCACCUAAUUCUUUUAAGACUUCUAUUUCUCAGAGUGUGUGUGUGUGUGUGUGUGUGUUUCUGUACACUGUCAACCUACAAGCCUAGUGAUACCAGAAAUGAUGAUCUUCCUCUGUUCCUUUGCCUUUGUUUAUUCUACCACAAAGGCCUAUUGAUGACCUUUACAAUGCCCUCAGAGUUCUAGCCCACCUUUAGUCUCUUUCCUUUCACUUUAGAUUCCUAGAGAAACAAGGCAUGUGAUAGGGAUUGGCCUGCACCUCAGUUUGCCUGUGGCACCCUGCUGAAUAGGUCCCUACGGUGAGAAGGAUUUAACCAUUUGGUUUGAUAGUCUCUGUAUUCUAUUCGGAUACCUAUAAGAAGUAGAUAUAAGACCAAGAGAUGGGAAUUGGGAAAUUUCCACUGACAGCCAUUAUCAUUUUCCUUUCUUUUUAAACAAGACCUAUGAAGUGCUUUCAUCAGCAGCUCCCCUACACUCUCCUGCUCUGCCUCUUUUCCAGGAGUCAGGGUUAGUUUAAGAAAAAGCCUUUUGCUAGAAGCCAUGACCUGUACUUUUAUCCCCUCCAUCUGGUGUGCGGCCUCAUGGGGUUGUGCUGCUAUGCAGGAGGUGAGCAAUGGAAUUCUUUAGAUGAUGACUUCUGAGCCCACAUGCGGAGGCAGUGGGGGUGGGAAGCAGGGAGAGCAGUGAGAGCCAAGAUCGAUGGACCAAAAAGUAAGGUUUGCGAGGGGAAAAAUCCUGACUAUAGGUAGACUAUUUUCCUGAGGUGUUCUUCUCCUAGCUCAAGCAGGGGCCCAGGUCAGGCAGCUGUAGCUUCUCAGGUCUGUGAUUGAUGAACGUUAUGUUCCUGCUACUUUCCCCUCUGCCUUCACAGUUGGGGUGCACCAGUGGGAUAGGUAGGGUAUUCAGGGCUUUUACUGUCUUUAAUGGAAUGCAUUCCAGGGCCAAUCGGGAAGGGUUCCCCUUGCUGCUUUUUCUGUCUUGCACCUAAACAGAGGUCCAGAUUUUGAAUGAGGGUCAAAGGAGGGGUUGUGAGCAGCAAGGUUUUUUUGGUUUUUUGACUUUUUGAGACAGAGUUUUCUAUGGGUUCAGGAUGACUCCUUAUAUAGUCCAGGCUGGCCUCUAACUCACAGAAUCCUUCUGCUUCAGCCUCCUGAGUACUAGGAUUGCAAGCAUGUGCCACCACACCUGGCUUAGCAGCAAGUUUUGAUCAAGUGAAAAUAUGCUGUCUGUUCUAUCUCACAGGGAUUUCUGUGCAGGGUAGAUACCCCUUAUAUUGGUGUAGAUGAAUUUCUCAUUUCAGUUACAAGUCCCAAGAUCUUUACUAGGCCCUAAAUAGGCAUCUGGCUUGAGCUAGAAUGUAUAUUUCUUAGCACUUUCAUUCUCUGUUUUUUCCUAAGCCAGGGAUUGACAUCAUUUUUUAAAAGAAUGAAAUUUCAAAGGAAAUUCAAAUGUGUACUUUAAGAGCCAAAAGUCCUAAAAUUCUUCUUAUGCUUUUUCAUGACUACUUCCACUCUGCUACACAUAUAGCAUCACUUGAGAAGAAUUACAUAAAAUCAAAACAAAUUUUAAUGUUUAUCUGAAGGGAGGAAAAAGAAAAAAAACUAGGAGCCAAAGUUGUUUAAAUGUAGAAUACUUUGUAAUUCCUUGAUAGUCAUAUGAUGGUGGCUAAAGUAGUAAAAAGGGUAUUUGCUGAGGUUCAGGAAAGCACACACUGUUCCUUUAUAAAACUACUCAGAUACACUCUCCUGGCAGUCCUGGAACUCCUAUUGGUCUUAAACAAUUUGUAGUAAUUUCUGUUCUGAGAAUGCCAGUACUCUGGCACUCCUAAGUGUAGGUAUCCUGAGGCUGUGAGAAAAUACACACAAUUUGAAGUCAGAAGACCUUGGUUUGAGUUCUGGCCAGACUUGUCACCGUCUACGUCAUCUUGGACAAAUCUCUGAAUCACUCUCAUAAAAUGAGCAUAAGCCUACCUCACAGAGUUGAGAAGGUUACAUAUAUGACACCCCAUGGAGUACUGCCUAAAACCUGUCAAUCAGGACAGGUUUUCAACAAGGGAAAUCUUAGUUCAGUGCAGUAACUGUGAUAUAUUACCACAGUAAAGGUACUAUUAUGUCUCUUCCAGUGCCUCUCUCUUAUGGAAAUCAUCCCUAGAAUCCAAAGCUAUCCUGUUUUCUAACCCAGUGAAUGUUAAAAAAAGAGUAAUAGGUCAUAAGCAGGAAGCAUAGCAAUUAUAUAUACUUCAUGCAGUUACAAGAAAUUGCCCCUUCAUUCAGAACACACAGGAUGCAUAUCACUAUCUUGAGCAUCAACCAGUCUUGAGAAAUUAUACAGCCUCAGCCACUCUGGUUGGGUCAUAAUUUUCCACCCUUGGUGUCUUCAGUGUCCUUCCCCUUCUCAGGGGAGUACCAGUUUGAAAACCAAACAUUUGCUUGCAUGUCGAUAAUGUAACUGUACUAUUCCUUGGUUAGGAGUAGACUGUUGUGGGGGUUUUUUAAAUGAUUUGUUGGUAAUCUGUUUGCUUUUUUUCCCUGGGGAGUCCAGUACAACUCUUAUACAGCCUGAAGAAAGCUGUAUGUGUGUCCACAUAGGUGUGCCUUGUGUUUGUACCUAUGUAUGCUCCUGAUUGUACUCAGGCUGCCAGAAGUGAGGAAAGAAUGAAAAGGAAGCAUUUCUUUUUUUAACCAACAUUUUUCAUAGAUGCCCAACCCCCAUAGUAGCAAGCAGUUCCCAAGUGGAAGGUGGGGGCAGAGGCCUCCACCAAGGCCAUCAAUAACCAGGUGUGAGCUACAGGUCUCUGUGUAAUGUGAAGCUCUCCCGUAUUUCAUUUCUGCACCCAGGGGGCGGCUUUGCAGGAUUGCUUACGGAGAGCUCUGUGUCUGGCACCUCUCUCCACAAGGCCCAGGCGCCCAGGGUCCCACCGACCUGCCCAGGAAUGCAUCACAUUGUUCUCUGGUGCUGUAAUUUGGCUGCAGGAGCUAAACUGAAUGCCUCCCAGGGAUGAGAAACAUGCUCUUCCUGGCAUCCUCCCUUCACAGCUAGCUUGGGCUUCUCCACUAUGACCACUGAGCGCUUUUAAAUAAAAAACCUCAGAAAGGCUAAGGGAGAACAAAAUCCUUAUUAUCUGUCUUCUAUUAAGCCAUGUAAAAACCCAUGUCCUGCAUGGGUCUGAGAACUUGGCAAAGGACUUAGUGAUUGGUGAUCUUGAUAAAGGGAUCUGAGAGAAGGAAGAAAUACUGCAACAAGAAAGACCAGAAAUGAAACGCUGAGUAUUCGUAAGUUAGAUCCAUAAAACUGUUUGCAAAUAGACAACAUAAGGGUUUUAAUUAAUCUGAAACCCUUCAUUGACUUUUAAAGCAUUUCUCUAUGCAAGAGUAUGGAUUAGUGCCAUUAUUCAGAGAUAAUAAUAAAAGCGUUCUUAUCUGUAGGGCUAAGUUAAGGCUGGCAUUCUUAAGAAAAACUACAGGCUGUGCCACACUGCUGAAGUACUUCAGUCAUGUGGUUUCUUUAAAAAAGCAUAGAGAUAAUAUCUUUUAAGUUAACCUUGUAUCCAAAUAGCACUUGCUGCAGUCUAUUAUAUCUAACAUCAAAAGUUAAAAGAAAAGAGGUCCAACAAGGAGCGGAAGAUAGGAGCGAGGCUAAGACAGCUGUAGGAAGAACAGACAUCAAGUGGAGAAGGAUCGGAAAGAGGGCACUGACAGGCAGAAUGAAAGAGUAGCAGCAGAAUUAAAUGGAGCCUUACUGCACCAAAUAAAGUUCUGAGUUUUGUGACUCGUUCCAAAUAAAUUAGUUUUUGUUUGUAUAAUGCAGAAUGAACGCCAGUUGUCUAAAGCCAAUCGGAAUGCAGAGGCGAGCUAAGGACUAAGAGGAAAAAUUAAUUGCUUAGCCAUCUUUCCUACUUGGGCCACCCAGGUUCAGUAGUGAGGCUCAAAAAGACAUUUCUCUUGCUUAUCAACUUCACUUUUCAAAAUUCUGUGUGGACAGUUUGCUGUUCUUAAUCAUUUAAAGGAGACUGCAAAACUUGUGUCUUUAUAAACUAAAAUUCAUAGUGCAGGGAAAAAAGCACAGACUAUGUGAAAUGCUAGAAGAGGUUCACUCAGUUCCUUCCACGGGAUGAGAAUCACAAAUGAAGACAUUAGGGCACAGGCAGAUAACUUCCCAAGGAAGGCCUAAACCAUCACUGAUAUAGUAAACUGGUUGUUCUUAGGAGAGCUGGCUGGGACUGAGGUUCUUCCCAGCAGCCUGGUAUACCAGGCAGUAUUUUUAAACUUAUUCAGUACUAUUUGAUUCAGACUGACCAUGACCGCCUUGCCUCCCCACUACCCCCAAAGCUAACCUUUUCUUAAUCCCAGCCCAAGAUAUCAGGGGCUCUUCUUUCCCCACUAUAUUUCCCUCUACCCCAGUCCCACCAAUGGCUCAUCAGUUAUCCAGUUGACUCUACUCUGCAAGGAAGACAUUCCCUUAGCCUGACUCACUCAGUCUCAUUUCUCCACAGGCAUCCCCUCACCACAGACCACAAGGGCUCUGAUUAGCUCAUGUUUUGUGUUAAUGGAUUUAAAAUUGGAGCAGAUCCCCUCACCAAAAGAAAAACCACCCUAAACUCUCCCACACAGGUCUCAGCAGGUUACACAAAUAUUAGUCCUAUCAUCCAAAUAAAUCUGCCUCCGUGGCCCAAAGCUGAGGUUCUUCCAAUCUUCUGCUGCCUGUGCAGAGUGAAGUUGCUCCACAAAUAUUUGAGGACCCUAAGGGAUGUUGCAGAGGACCCUGGGAAAGGAAGGGGGGGUCUGUAUCUAGAAUUCCUUGUGUAAAGCCCUUAACCUAAAGCCUGUUGUCACAGUCAUACAAUUCUAAAUUGAAAAUUCCUGGAGAUUUAUGAUAAACUUGAUUAGUUAAGAACUGUGGUAAAAAGUAUGUAUCUGGUGGCUGAAGUCUGCAGCAUAAUUAAGUUUCAAUAUCUAAAAUGGGUACAUUUUACAGAUGAGAAAAUAGAGGCUUAGAAAAUUUAAUUGUCUUGAUAAAAAUAAAAACAAGUGACACAGCUGUAAUUUCAAUGCAGGGCUGUUAUAACUGUAAAUUUCUACAUCACUCUGCUGUUUUAAAAUAUUAACAGGCAAGAGAUAACCACUGUCAAAACACGUAAGUCAAUUAGGACAUCAAAGUUUUUGGACUCCCAUGUCCUAUCCUCCAGUUUACUAAUGAAUCUACUAUCUUUAGAGACUCCACUACUUCACACCUUGUUAGGUAAGGUAGUAGCAUAGAAGGAAUCUUCCCCUAUUUCAAAUAUGAAUAGUAUUAAUCACUAGGACUUGGAGAGUCACUAAAGAUUUGUUGAGUAAAUAGGAGGACCUUCUAAGUUGUUACCGUUUUGGCUCCAAGCCCCAGCUCUCUUUCUUUAUGUAGACACUGGCUCCACUUCUAGUUUCAAAGGUUAGGACCCUCUCCUAAAGAAUUAUAAAAGCCAAGUUGGAUGCUGCACACUCCUGUUAUGCCAGCUACUCAGGAAGCUGAGACAGGACAAUCCUAAGUUUGAGGCCAGUCUGAGCAACACAGCAAGACCCCAUUUCAACAAAAGAAAAAAGAAAAAAAGGCCAGGGAUAUAGCUCAGUGGCAUAGCACCUGCCUGGCAAGCAUGAGGUUGUACGUUCAAUAAAAAAAAUUUUUUUUUGUCUUUUUCGUUUUUAUCGGUACCAGGGAUCGAACUCACGACUGCCUGCUUGCAAGGCAGGCACUUAUGCCGCUGAGCUAAAUCCCCAGCCCCAAUUAAAAAAAAAAAAAAAAUUAAAAAAAAAAACCCAAAACAGAGGUCCCUAUAUUUCUAUCAUACACUGGCCUCAUAUAGCCAGCCUGCUUACCUCUCCCAUUCUUCAUGAGUUAUCUAUCAGUGUGAUUCCCAAACCUAGCUAACCUUCAGAAUAAUGAAUGGGGAAAAAUCCCUAGGCCUACUCAGACUUACUCUAUUAUUCUCUCCUAGUACUGUUCCAAGCUGUUUUCAUGAUUUGUUAGGCAUGAGAACCUAUUGUAUGCCACCUCAGUUUGAGCAGGCAGCAAGUGAACAAAAGAGGCAGUGCUAUCUGAUAUAUGGAAAAAAGAGAGAAUGUGUAUUUGUAUAGUUACAUGAUUUCCCCCUCUAAACAGCAGUUAAUAAACUGCUGACCUCUUGUCUAGCAAUCUCAGUCUCUCCAUAGUACAGUGAUAUAGUUCAUCUUUUGGGUACCAAGACAUCUCCUCAUACUGUCUCCAGGGUAGGAACAUGUAGUUUCAUCUCUGUCUUAUCUAUUCUCAGCCAGGGCAGGAUUAAAAGGAAGCAGUCUCCAGAGAUCCUUUCUCUUGCACACCCAAGAAGUAUUAGGAAACCAGUGCAAAGAAAGGAAAAAUGAGUUUUGACCUUGAAAAAUGGUACUUUAGUGCAACUCAGAUUACUCUGAAGACCCCCCUACAUCUCUUCUGCUUUCCCUUCGAACCUACAGGGGGAAACCAGAGAGCCACUCAGUUUCUUAUAUUCCCUAUCAACUCCUUCCCAGGGCUAAGGAACCAGCUAGGACACCAUGGUCCCUUUGGAUUACUCCCCAAGUCUUUAAAUAGAAGCUGUAGCAGCCCAGGGUUGAGGGUGGAGGAAGGUGUGCAUGCAAGGUUCUUGUGCUUUUUGAGUUGCAAGGCUUGAAGUAGAGGGAUGAGUGAGGUAUCCGUAUCUUCAGGUCUGGUCCAGCCACUCUGCCUUCUUGGGUGCCUUGCAAGUGUGGACAUCCACAGUGUUUCUGCACUCCUUGCACCGCACAGCACAGCACCAGUGGAAUUUGCACUCACACUGGGUGACACGAGUGACUCGAGUUGUGUCAUACCCUCGGCCACAGCACAUGAUUUCACAACCGUCUGUUCCUUUAGAUGUCUUGCUACAGACACGGCCUGCAGUGCCUAGGGAACCUGGAUUGGGGAAGAGGGGGAGUGAGAACCAAGUUACUUCUCCCUUUAGUUCUUCUGGGCAGUCUUACCCACAUUCUCAGAAGCGAGUCAUCAAAUAGCUUUUUCUGAAAAUAUACCCACUAUAUAAAUGGACAUCUCUCACUACUCUCUGCAUUAGGUUUAUUUCUUCCUACCAUCAAGGCUUCCUAAAGGCCAUUGACUUCACCUAUAGUUCCCUUCCAGCCAGUACGUAUUUUCAUUAUCCCCUUCACAGUCUAACCUUAAACUUGGAGUGAUGGUGCACACUUUAAAUCCUAGCACUCUGAGGCAGGGGGCUCACAAGUUCCAGCCCAGCCUGAGCAAAUUAGCACUUAGUAAGACCUUACCUUAAAGUUAAAAAUUAGAAGAAAGCCUGGGAAUACAGCCCUAUAAAGGCCCUGGUUUAAAAUGACCAAUACUGCCAAAAUUUUUUUUUACAAAAGAGUAAAAAUUUUCAUAACUAUUAAAGCUGGGCAAGAGAGUUCUCUAUGUUUGAAAUUUUCCACAACAAAAUAAAACAAUAACAAUAGCAACAACAAAACUUAGCUUAUAACUUCUAAGAAGUUGCACUAUAAAUCUGAUCCUCUAUUUGUGUAUUUUGUCCUUUUGUUUAUAUUUCAUUCAGUUGUAAUAUAUAGGAAAGUAUAGCAUGACCAUUGAAAGCACAAGCCUAGACAUCAAAUUGUAGGGAUUUAAAUCCCAGUUCUGCUACUUCUCAGUUGUAUGAUUCAGCAAAUUAAAGGAUGCCUCUAAGCCUGAGCUUUCUCAUAAGAAAAUGAACAUAAUAAUAUCCAAUUUAGUAGGCUAUUAUAGCUACAAUCUCUGUCCAACUAAGGAGGUACAUUGCUCGCAUGUUUAGCUAGAUGCAUAGGUCCAAGAAGUUCCUGAGGAAUAUCCCUUGCAUGAGUCCCUUAAAGUAGGAACUCCUGAAUGAUGUUUUCUCCAGCUUAGAGAAACUUCAGGACCUCAUACUGACAGAUUUUAGCAAACAGGAUCUUUUGGUAGGUAACAAAGUCAUGCUGGGCACUAGCAUAGUGCGUGCCUGGCUAGUGUGAGGUUGUGAGUUUGAUUCCUGGUACAAAAAAUAAAAAACAAAAAAAACAAAGUCAUGGAAUUUUUGGUGGAUCACAUUUCAACAUGUCUCCUUAUUAAUAAGGACCCAGAGUCAGGAGAAAGACUAACUUAAGAGUUCAAGAAAAAUAACAGAUUAACUGAUUUCAACCACAAUAGUCUGGGAUAUGGGAAGGAAGGAUGCUAGAACUUCUGUGUUUAUUUUUUUUACCUCAUUGGUUCAAAAUAAUCUAUUUUAGGGCCGAGGGGGAUAGCUCAGUGGUAGAUUGUUUGCCUAGCAGGUGCAAGGCCCUGGUUCCACAGUACUGCAUGUACGCACACACACACAAAACAUAGAUAAACAGACAUAGAUAUAGAGAUAUAUAUAUACACACAUAUAUACAUAUAUAUAGCAGGGCCACCAGUCCUUUUUUUUGUUUUUAAAGAUAGGCUGUCACUAUAUAGCCCAGGCUGGCUUUGAUUCUCCUGCCUCAGUCUCCCAAGUGCUGGGAUUAUAGGCAUAUGUUACCACACCCAGCCAAAAAAGUGUAUUUUUGAUGCAUGCUUUAUAAUAUACCUGUCAGGACAGUGGAACGUAGACAUAAGUAAAUAUGCAUGUAAUGGUGGUACUUCCUCAAUUUUUUAAACAAUAGGAGUGAAUAUACAAUCCACAGUAUUAGGAGAUCAGUUCACUGCUCUAGCAUGUGAGCUGACUAGGUCUACUACAUAUAUUAUUCUUCUAACUCCAAGGGCUAGAUCUUAAGUUCUUCUCUUUGGCAUCAGAGCACACUUUCAAACUCUGGAAUUGUGCCUUACAGUCUAUAGUAGAUAUGAGCUAUAUGGAGUCUUUUAAGUUUUGAUUCAUUAAAAUUUAAAAAAUUCAGUUUCUUAAUCGACUAGCUAUACAGUAGUCCUCCUUUUCUGUGGUUUCAUUUUCUAUAGUGUUAGUUACCCAUGGUCAACAGUGACCUGAAAAUAUUAAAUGGAAAAUUCCAGAAAUAAUUCAUAAAUUUUAAAUGUUUUAUUAUAUUAUUAGAAUUGUUUAAUUUGGGGCUGAGGAUGUUGCUCAGUGAUAGAGCAUCCUGCCCAGAUGUUCAAGGUUCACUACCCAAAGCUCCCCUCAUUCCAUUUCAGAAUUGUCAGUGGCAGCACAAUGAAUAUAGGUUUUCAAGAUCUUCCCUGCCAGAAAUCUUGACUUAGUCAUACUAAUCUGCUGUGUCCCUAAAACAAGUCAUGUGCCUUUCCACCUAUCCCUUUGCUCAUACGCAGAGAACAUCUGCCUGGUCUUCUCUAUUGCUGUUCAGAUAAUCACAUACUUCAAGAAACUGCUUAAAUUCUACAUUUCCAAAUAAACUUAUUUUUAUUUCUCUUGCAUUUGCUUAUGCAUUGCUUUGCAAAUGGUAGACAAGUGCUCUAAUCACUGAGCUACAUCUCCAACCCCAAUCUUAUUUUUUUAGCUAGACUGUAAAGAACCAAAGGCUUAGUGCUAUACUUUAUGUUUUUGUAUAGCCCUCAAUAUUGGUUGUAACCCAGAACCAGGUAGUUCAUUUAAACAUCCUAUACUUCAGGUGCUGGAAAUACAAAGGAGUGACUUCAGGCCUCAAGGAGCUGAGUAAUCUCCUCUCCACUUGGAGACCACAGAGCCUAGUAGACUGAGGCAUAAGGUCACCAAUUUCAUGCCCAAGUUUUCAUGUGAGGAGGAAAAUGACUCCUCCCACAGCACGCCCUUCCCUACAUAGCACCUACAGCUUAACAGACCAUGAUUCAACAAUAGAACCUGUGCUAAGAACCUGGGCUUCAUAACUCCCCCUGCUUCUCUUACUUACCUGCAGCCUUGUCUAAGACACAGUAGUCUGGAGAGUUAUCAAAGUAGACAAGAUCAGUACGGGUGGCACGGCGAUAGCCUUGGCGGGCUGCUGUGAAGUUGGCACCAUCUUGGGUGGCUGUCACCUGCACAGCCCCAUCGUAACGCCGCCGCAAGUAAUCUCCUGUGCGGCGGAAGUCUGAAAGUGCACGCCAGCAGGUACGUAAAGUACAAGAGCCACUCACGCCAUGGCACUUACACUCCAGCUUCAGAAAUCGCCGUACAGCCUGGGGAAAGAGGAGGCAGGUAAGGAAUAGGCACUGGUCAGAGAACUUUUUAGUCAUCCCAGGGACCAAAAGCAUGAGUCAUCUGAGAUCCACCAGCAUAGCCAGCUGGUUGAGCCCUUGGUGGUUCUCCCAGAUCCCACCCAUUCUUCCUAAUCAAGAAAAAGAAAUUUGUCUUAGCUAGAGGUGAUGCCACAUGCUCAUAAUCCCAGCACUCAGGAGGCUGAGGCAGGAGUUAUACAGCAAGACCUUGUGCCAGAAAACAACACUAAAAAAAAGAAACUUCUAAGCCUAGCACUGUGGCAUAUGCCUACAAAUCUUGGCUAUUGUGGAGGUUCAGGCAGAAAGAUCACAAGUUCAAAGCCAGCCUAGUAAGUCAGUGAGAUACUGUCUCAAGGCAGUGGGGUAGAGGGGAAUAUAGUUCAUUGGUGAAGACUUGGGCUUACUCCCAAUACAACUGAGUGAGACAGAGACAGAGAGACAGACAGAGAGAGACAUAGAGGGGAAUGGGCCAAUUAUAUCCUGCUCUAAGAAAUCUUCCUGGACCAACAGGGCUUUCCUUGUCAUGACAGCCUAAUGGGAUUAUAGAGUCACAGAAUUCUGUUUAUGAUUACAGUCUUACUUGCAUAUCCUUUAGUUCUCACAUGUGUUAAGAGUAUGAAGUACCAUGCAUUCUGCUUUUGUAGUAGGUCAUUUUCUAACACAGUAUAUAUGAAUGUUCAAAUACCAGUAAACAGAUAGCUCUUUUCAUCUUUAAAAGUCACUUCUGCUUAGAGCUAUGCUCAGUGGUAGAGCACUUGCCUAGUAUGCAUGAAGCCCCUAUGUUUGAUCCCCACUACCAUAAAAAAAUUACUGUUUUUUCCUACUUUUUAGUGCUCCUGUUGCAGGAAUGUUGGGCUUUUGAAGUGAUCCAGAAGUCUUCAGUUCUCCCAUAUUCACAUUUAGUCUUUAGUCACCCCCUGAAUGUACAUGCAGGCAUGAGUACUGACCGUGCGACCACAGCGGUUGUUAUGUAAGUUCAUGAGGGCCCGGGCAUCCUUAAGUCUCUUCUCCUUGGCAUCCACAAAAGCCUUGGCAAAGCGGACGCCAUAGUGGAUGUUGUCACUGCAGCCACCCCAGUCAAAGUCCCCACGCUGGUCAUGGUGUCGACCACGAGUAUAGGGGUCACAGCUACACACACUCAGUUCACCCUGACUGCAGGCACGAGUGAUUGCAUGGACCACUCCUGCUGAUGAAAUGGCAUAUACAAAUGCUGCCUCCCGGCUACCUACAAAGAGAAAGGUAGAGGAGUAUUUCAAGAAAAAAGCCUAUAUCGUCGUCGUCUUCAACCCACACAGCCUCAGAAACCUCUCCUCACCAUUCCCAGAGCCACCCACCCCCUCCUACUUACCUUUCAUUCAAUGUGCCCUUCCCUUCCAAGAACAUUCCCUAAUGCACUGGUGGUGAACCUAUGGCAGGCAUACCACAGCAGGCUGUUUGUAUCAUUGAAGCUCUAUCAGGUUUGCCAUCACUGCCUCCUCUGUCAGUCUCAGCUAUUCUCUAUCUUCUUCUUUGUACAUCUGACCUCUUAUUUCCUUUCAAUUUCCUUGGAUCCUUCGGAGGAAAUUGGAAAGUCUCAAGCUGGAUCAUCCUCUCCCACUCCAUGCCCACACUGGUACAGCUAAGCCUGCCUUAGUCCACAUUCCAGACCUUUUAGGCCCACUCUGCUGGACAGUUCCUUGACAAUGCAGACGCUAGCCCAAGGAGAAACAGGCUACCUUCCCCUUUCUAUUCUCAACUCCCUGCUCUUGGGGACAGAUUAAUCAUCCCCCUUGUAUCUGAAACCUCCACAUUCCCAACUCAUUCCCUUUCUCUCAGUUUACUAUCUGGCUCUUAGUUUUUUUCUGAACAGGGACCAAGCCAUUGACUCUCCAAAUAUUUACGUAUCACCUUUCUGUUUAUCUCUUGUUCCCAUUACUGUAGUGUUGGGAAUGUUAGAGUGAUGGUAGUGAUGGUGAGAACUAGAGAAGCUAUUCCUAGUCCUCAGCUUUACAGUGCAUGGAAGCCCCUUUGUUAGGAGGUGGGAAAGGCAGAGAAAAUGAGGGAAGAUGAUGGAGGUGCUAGGAAACGCUUUACAUUCACCCCACAGCACUGGCUUUAGAGACCCCUGCCUACAAAUCUGAGGUACUGAGGGUCUGUUCUGAACUAUAUCCUGUGCCUUGCUCACAAUUAUUUGUCUGAUUAUGAAGUAUAAGAGACAGGGAAUUGUGCCUAACCUUCUCGCUUCAUACCCAAGCAUAGAAAGGGAAAGAGCUAGGGAAGGAUAGAAGGAUCCCCUACUUCUGAGCAUAACACGGCCAAAGACUGUGUGGUCCCGGUCCAGCGUGGUGCAGUUCCAGCGGUGAUGGCGGAACUGGUGCUGACACUCUCGGAUCCAUUCUCGGGCGCCUUCCCCCACUGAGCGCAUGAUAUCUGGGUAACGCUGGCACAGCUGCCGCUGCCGGCUCACCAAACCAGGAAUAUUGUCACAGAUCACUCGGGCCCCUAGUGCCCCGAUGUACCUGUAAGGUGGAGAUGGUCCUGUCAGAGCACCUCAGUCCCUUUUUCUGCAUGGGUGGGUGGGUGCAGUUUGGUAUCUAGAGCCUAGAGAAAUUUACUCCCCUUCCCCAUCCCACAUUCCCAGAAGCUGAUCAGUAGAAUCAGUCCCCAUAAGCUCUGGAGAAAGUUAUACAGAGCAGAAAGAGUAUGAGUGGUCUCCCAACAUUACUAGUUCCUCAGUGAAAGGCCAAAGUGACACACAUUCCCAGAGUACAGAGCAGGCAUAUGUCUUAUACACAGAAGCUGUGGGCAUAUCACACAAACCCAUUGCCUGUUUAUUUAAGAAACAUCAAGAUCCUACAGAAAAAUAAACUGACAAAAUGAAGGUCUGAGCCAAUACUCUUACACGCACAUGUAAGAGCAUGUCUUGAAUAACUGGUCCCUUACAGAUACGAUUUGGCAGCAGGGAGAUGGGGACAGGCAGGGACUACCAAGGGGGCUGCCAGGAAGAGGCACAGUGGACAACUGUGAAUAAUAUUUACAACUCUAGUGAGACUUACAUAGCUUAAAAGUUUUUAUUCCCAGUCCUGAGGUCUGGUGAGACAGCCCACCCCAGUUCUCCGCCCCAUUCUCUUUAUUUCAGGGUCCUAGAGUCUUAACUAAAGAAACUUUUAAAAUCUAUGUAUCCAACGUAUUAGACACAGUGUCCUGGUUGGAACUAUAUGGGCAGAGGAAUGGCUGUGGUGGGAAACCAAAGGCCAAGAUAAAGUACUAUAGUGCCCAGUCUGUUCAAUAUGAGUGUUUAUGAGAAGAUCAAUUGGUAUGGGGCUAUUAAAGUAUAUGUGGGUUGCUAGAGACAUUCUCAAUUUUCUCAAAACAAUUAUUUUUUCAUCUUUGAAACAUUCUAUUCUUAGAUGCUCCACAAGCCUCAGAAGAAUGUUUUGGAGAGAAAACAGGAUUAUAUCACCCUUUUUCCCCAAAAGGCAACCAAAAGAGAUCAAACCAUUCACCUACACUCUCAACAGUCCAGCUCUGCUUCUCCUUUCUAGCUGUCCAACCCCGCAUAAAACACUUUCCCUAACCUGCAUGCAUUGUUUUCAUAUCCAAAACAUAUCAAAAGGAUGUCCCCUUCCCUUUGCAAAACAGGUGGGGGCUGUAGACAGCAGUUCCUGCUACAGACAGAAAAGCUGUGGUCUGAGCUAUGAGUGAGCCAGUGGUUUGGGAACAGCCCCAAAAUGAGCCCAGAAGUGGGUGAAGAGAAAGAAGGGCAGCUAGUGGGGGAAGGGAAAAGCUAAACUGCCCUGGGGCCUGUGUCCCCUCCUCCUGUGCAUUCCCACAGCCAGCCCUCACCCACAGACUGGAUCACCACUGGUGACACCAACUCAAACAAACACAAGGAGGGCUGAUGCUUGCCUCUUCGGGAACUCAGCAGGGCUGAUGGGCCCCAUCUGUCCCGAGGGAAGGGUAAGAGGGCUGGCCUCCACUAACAAAUCCCAUAGAAUCACUGUCCCCAGCACUGUCCAUCAGGGCAGCAGCUUCCAGGAACAAACAAAAUAAACACCGAGGCUAGGCCAGGCCAGGCCGGAAAGGGCUGCCUGACGCACAGUCAGGAGUUACACCCACUGCUGUGGUGCUUUGUUUGGAGAAUCAAGAUCUUUGGAGUUGGACCUCAUCCUCGACUCUCACCACCACGUUCUGCUUCUCCAGCUCAGCCCCACAGUACUGCUGUAUGCAAUGGGUGUUUGUUUUUUUGUUUUGUUUUUGUUUUUGUUUUUUUUACUGGGGCUUGGGAGGAGGGGGGCUGGACGGGAAUGGGAGACCAAUAAACCAGCCCUCAUGAGACAGUCUGGAAUUGGGCAGGCCAAACUGGCAAAAAAGGCCUUCCUGUGGUCUGACUUAAGUUCAUUUUGCUGCAGCCCACAUUGGUCCUUCUUAUUACAUCCUCAAUGAGCGUGGGAACAUCUGUUCAGUAGCUAAGAUGGGAAGAUAAUUAAGUUUUCCCACUACCAUACCCCAAUAAUAACUACUUCAAGACUGCAGAACAUGGAGCCUGCCUGCUGUGCAGUAGUUGGCUCCCUGUAGUCAGUACAGGGUUCCUAAUAAUGUUGAGCCUGAGCCUAAGCCUGUCUUCCUCACUGUUUAACCCAUGCUUGCAAAAUGUCUAUCAAAUGCUAAGCACUGAGCUCAGCUGGUAGGGGCACAAAGAUGUUUAAGGAAUCGCCUAGCUCCUGGUCUGGGAGAGAAUACCAGAUGCCUAACUCUCCAGCUUUGCCUGCCUUUCCAAAAGUUAGUUCUUUACUUCCGUUCCAGCUUUCUACUGGAAUGAUUUCUCUUUACUUGCUUCAUAUUUCUUCCUUUGAUAGAGUGACUCAAAGCUCCUUGCUACUCAAAGUAUGGUCCCAAAGGAACAGUAUCUGCCUCAGCUGGGGAUUUGCUAAAAUGCAGAUCCUGAUGCCCCACACAAUCCAACAUGGACGCACUGCUCCAUAAAGACAGGACAUUUUUUUUUUUAAUAUACUACAGAUCAAACCCAGGGUCUUCCACCCCAUGCUGGACAAGUACUCUACCAUUGCUGUAUUCCUAGCCUUUUCUUUUUUUGUCUUUUUCCUUUUUAUCGGUACCGGGGAUGGAACUCACGACUGCCUGCUUGCAAGGCAGGUGCUUAUGCCGCUGAGCUAAAUCCCCAGCCCCCGAGACCAGAGAUUUUUGUCUCUCUCGUUUUUGUCUUGGGUGUACAUGGUGCUGAGAAUCAAAACGCCAGCCUCACACGUGCUAGGCAAACAUUUUGCCAUUGAGUCAUAUCCUAGCCAUUUGUUUCUUUUGUUCACUUAAAUAUACUCAAUACUGAGAACUUAUCUGGCACACAGUAGGUACUCAGUAACUAUUUGUUGAGUAAACACCUGACUACUGAUUUAAAUUUCCAUCCUCUCUAGCCAGCCAUAAACUUAUUUUUUUAAUUUUAUUUUGACAGAGUCUCACUAUGUAAUUCAUGCUGGCCUUGAACUCACUAAGUGGACUAGGCUGGCCUUGAACUCAUGACAGUUCUGCCUCAGCCUCCUGAGUACUGGGAUUACAGACAUGCACCACCAUACCCAACUUGAUUAAACUUCAUUUUAGUUAUAGUUAUAGUUUUACUCCUUGUCAACAUCACUAGUCUAUCUGUAGAUAUUUUGUGUUUGUAUCUUUUUAAUAAAGACUAACGAGCCUUU